AUCUGGUGCAGUUGGCCAGCUCGUUGGACAAUUUGCAAAACUGAUGGGCUGCUAUGUAGUUGGAAGUGCUGGAAGUAAAGAAAAGGUUGAUCUUUUGAAGAACAAGUUUGGUUUUGAUGAUGCUUUCAAUUACAAGGAAGAACAUGACUGGGAUGCUGCUUUAAAGAGGUACUUCCCUGAAGGAAUCGAUAUCUACUUUGAAAAUGUUGGGGGAAAGAUGCUGGAUGCUGUCCUCCUAAAUAUGAACAUGUUUGGUCGAAUUGCUGCUUGUGGAAUGAUCUCACAGUACAAUCUUGACGAACCUGAAGGAGUAAAGAACUUGAUAGCCGUCAUUUCAAAAAAACUUAACAUCCGAGGAUUUACUGCUUCUGAUUUCUUUUCGCUUUACCCGAAAUUUCUGGAUCUUGUAUUGCCUCGUAUCCGCGAGAAAAAGAUAACAUAUGUGGAAGACAUUGCUGAAGGAAUUGAAAGUGUCCCUGCAGCCCUCAUAGGUUUGUUUAGCGGCCGCAAUGUUGGGAAACAGGUUGUUGUAGUUGCUCGUGAAUGAAUUUUGCACAACACUUCUGUCAAUUUGUGUGGUGGUUUUCUGCAAUAAACUACCCUCUCAAGUAAAGCUUCCUCCUUUCUGUGGUGAUCAGGUUCAGAAUGGCAACUUAGCAGGUCUUAUCAUUGAAGUCAAGAGUGUAUCUUUUGUUUAACCUAUAAAUAGUUCAAAAGUUUUUGGGUUUGAAAUUCAGAGUCAUAUGUUUGAUUUACCCCCUUGGAAUUUAAUCAUCUGCUACAUUGUUGAACUGUUUGAUAUUCGCAUCCACAAACUUUCUAAAAUACGAAAGAGAAAGAAUGGCCC